AACGCAUUACUUGAUACGCAUUUUCGCAGUGUUUAUGGUUUUUAAAACCGUGUUCUUUUAUAUUAUCCUCGCAUGGUAUCAUUCAAAACAAGUUAUUUAAAUAAGCGGUAUUACUUAAUUUUUCGGAAAUGGGGAUAUGUAAAUCUGUUAGUGAGCUUGUACGUCUUUGGCAGCAGUUUAUUGACAUUUGAGCCUCAAAGAAAGUACGACGUUUAUAAUACUUAUUAAAAUACCGUCUCCGGUAAUGGAGCGUGCACGUUGUUUUGCCGAAGACGGAGUGAUAAAAGUGAUGGGGGUUUUUUUUUCCUCUCUGUGAUCCUUUUAAAACGGAAUAGCAAGUGCCACGAGUAAAGUUUUAUUCCUAGCCAGACGGAUGUAUGACACGGAAUAAAAUUUUUAAAUAUACUUUUUAUGAGAAUUGACACUUUGGACCGGGGCCGAAUAAACGGUCGAUUUCGUGCUGUCUGUGCCACUAGUUCGGUAAGAUGUUGUCUCCAAGUUAAAUUCGCGUUAUCCGGUUAUCCCGUGCGUGUUUCUGGUUACGUCUCGGGAUUUUUUUGCGGCCAUCCUUGUAGUGGAAAGUGCACGUUUCACGCCUGUUCGGGACUCGUCAAUCAACGCAGCUCGUCAAUCUACAUUUAUUAACUUGCUAAGGCGAUAACAUUUACAACACGUUGCUCAAAAAAAAGAAAAUGCAAAUGCUAUAAAGAUGUAAUGGCGUCGUCUAACUACAGAUGAAGCCCGCGGCUCGCCUUACAUUAUUGUGCGAAGUCGCGUAUUUUGUGAAAUCAGUUGCCAUUUUGCACUUAUUCGAUUAUUCUGAUUGUAGUCGUUCGAUCCCGCUGAGGGGGAUGGACGGGCGCCGCUUUGAAGUUGCUGCGCGCCUCCGUGUACUUCAGGCUACGGGAGUAACUGCGCACACCGCCGCAGAGUCAUUCGGAAAACAAAGGGGCACAUCGCAUCUUAUAUUCGCUUAUGUUCUGCUUUUUUGUAUGCGCUGGCACAACAUAAGCGUAGUUGAUGGGUUUUGGUAUAUUUGUGAUUUUAUUACUUGAUUCGUAUUGGUUAAUUGUGGUAAAAGGCAUCUGAAAGCUGGCGACCGCGCUGCAGUGAAAAUGGAGUGAAAAUGGGUGCGCAUGAUGCAGAGCCAUGCUUCCCCGGAGAAGCGGUGGGCGGACCCCGCGGCGAUUGGAAACUUAGACAGAAGGACAUUGCUUUUUAGUGUUACUUUUCGCACGUAUGAUUACAGGAAAAUGUUUGGUUUCCAUAAGCCGAAGAUGUACCGCAGUAUAGACGGCUGCUGCAUCUGUCGCGCCAAGUCCUCCAGCUCGCGCUUCACGGACAGUAAGCGCUACGAGAGGGACUUCCAGAGCUGCUUCGGGCUUGCUGAAACUCGGUCUGGGGAGAUCUGCAAUGCCUGUGUACUCCUGGUGAAGCGCUGGAAGAAACUCCCGGUGGGAUCCAAGAAGAACUGGAGUCAUGUGGUUGAUGCGAGAGGUGGGCCAAGCUUAAAGACUUCAGUGAGGCCGAAGAAGAUAAAGCCAUUGUCGAGGAGAGUAAGGCCGAGUCAGAUCAACAAAGUCCAGAAGGAGCUCAAACGGCUGUACUCUGAUGCCCACAGUACCACAUCCAGCGCCUCUCCAGCUCAGUCUCCCAGCUACAGCAACCAGUCCGAUGAGGGAUCGGACUCUGAACUUGCCUCUGGCUCUUCCCGCUCCCCGGUCUUCUCCUUCCUUGACCUCACUUACUGGAAAAGGCAGAAGGUGUGCUGUGGAAUUAUCUACAAAGGCCGCUUCGGGGAAGUCCUGAUAGACCCUCAUCUCUUCAAGCCCUGUUGCCGUAAGAAACAGCAGCAACAGCAGCAGCAGCAGCAGCAAGAGGAAGAAGAUGAGACCCAGGAGAGCCAAGAGGGCAGGGAAAGCCUACAGCCACAGAGCCUGCUGUCACCCCCUCAGGCCAAAGAGGAAGAGGAGGAAGAGCAUAUAGAGGAGGAUGAAGAGUGGUGACAUCAUUUCUUCCCCUCCACCGAUCAGAAGAUGCCUUUAAUUGCCUUCAUUUCAGGAGAACUUUUUUUGGUUUUUAUUUGAGUGGUUGUACUUUGUGUAUUUGAUAUAAUGAGCCACGCAGACUUUUCUAGUUUUCUCUCUCAAUGGUAUCUUUCCCCUCCUAUCUUUUAACAAGAAAUGCUUGGAUUCUGCUUGGAGCGCACUCUCCGCUCCCUUUGGACGUCUGGACGCAGCAGGCGAAAGACUUGGAAUGACUCUCGCACUCGUGUUUCUUGCUUCUAGACCAGAGCCAUAACUGAAGCUGGCCCUUCUUCCUGCCGUUUGCCUUGCCCAAAGACCUGCUUUGUAUGUACGUCUAUAUCCACUAUGUGGGUAUGGGCAUCCUACUGAAAACAAACCUAGUUAUAAACUCAAACACCAGCCUUAAAUUCUUAGUCGUCGGUUGUUUAUCAAUGUAUUAUACUUUCUUUUUUCAAAAUGGUUGUUACGGGACCAAUUGAUAGUCACAAUCGGAAACUGACACCUUUUAGGAAGUAUCGGUUAUCCUGCAUGACAUAAGCGAUAGAUUUUCCAAAGUAUAUCUUUGUAAAUUGCAUGAUAUAAGCCAUUGCAUGGCCUUUGGUGGUAGGGAUGUUGUGCCUUUUUGGGCCUAAUGGUAAAAAAAGCUAUAAGCAUUUUUAAUAAAAAUGAAAUUAAGUAUAGAAAAAAUUAUGGACGACUUUCCGCAAUGUACUUAUCAAAGGGUUAAGAUUGGGAGUGUGACACACACAAGUGUGCAAUGUUGACAUUUAAAAAUGGAUGUACUCUGCAACAUAGUGUACUGCAUACCUCCAGUGGCUGUCUGUGUGCUUUGUCAUAUUCAUGCUUUUGUGUAUUUACGUAGCUAGCGCUUUAAGGGCACUGUAUGCUACUAUACUGAUACAGUUGGGCCAAAAUGAGACCCUAUCUGCCUCCAACACUUUUCCAGUGGUUGAUUUAACUAUUUCCUAAGUAGCGAGCACCUUUUUUUUUUUUUGGAUAGUGGUCACACACCAAGAAGUAUAGUGAAGAAUAAACAAUGGUUGUGACCAAAUUUCUGGAUCCGUGAGGGCCCUUGUGCAAGGUGUUUUUUUUUUUUAUUAUUCAAACAUCAACGAGAGUACCUGGCCGCGAACAUGGCCUUUAAGACAAUAAGGCUGUGUAUGUUUAAGAAGAUAAAAUAUCUACCCCCCAUAAUCAAAUGAUGUUACCUCUAGAAAAGAUGUAUAAUAGGGAUUGGACUGUAUUGAUUAAAUGCUUAGAGAUAUUUUAAUUAACCCUGUUGCUUUUGUGAAUGGUAGAUUCAUAUAUUUUUUUUUAUCUUGCAUAUUCACCUGUGAGCAGCUUCGCGUUACGCUUACUGACCAGAAGGCGGUGCUGCUGAAUCGUCAGUUUUUUUUCCCCCCAGCAGUAAACCGUCUGACUAGUUUUUGUGUGUUAAGUUUCGCCAUGCAAUCUCAUAAAGCAUAGCGUUUCAGACUCAAUGGUUGUUAUACAUCAAUGAAUUAUUAAACAUUUCGUCAAUGUAUGUCACCACUGAGAUAAAAUACCAGUUAAUAUGUGGUCCGGUUCAUAUUUUAUUAUAUCCUAUUAGUGGAUGUGUUUAUUGGCAGCUAUAUGUUAAAAUUUCCCCUAAACGUUAAGUGCAGUUGACAGCUUGGUAUUUAAGCUUUAUUGUAGGAAUGCUGCAGACCAAUUGACUUUUCACCAAUGUAUUUGUAGGAAUCUCAUGCAUGGACACUAAAAUGGUACUUUUUGUGUGUGUGAUUUUUCUCCCUGUCAUAUAUCUGGGAGGGUUUGUGUACAUAUUUAUUCUUGGGGAAAUCCUGUACCGGUUGACUUUCCUUCCUGUUAUUUAUUUAUAUUUAUUGGUACCACUUUGUUUUACUUUACUGGGUGUGCUUUUUAUCUUUUUUUUAUUAUUUUACAUGUACUUUUCACACUUUAUGUGCGGUUGAUGGAUCGACACAAUGCAUGUUAAAUCGUGGUAAUUUCUGUAGUAUUAGCUUAAGGAUUUCUGUAUUUUGCUUGUGUUGGACCUUUAUAUGUCUCUGAUGUUUAUUUUUGAAGUAGCAAGGGUGAAACAAACCAUAUUUAGAAGUGUUAUGUUUGCUCUAAGCACCUCUAGUCGAAUUACAUAAUCGUGUCUAAAUUUUUCAUUCUACCAUGACCACCAUUUCAGAAUUUCACAUUUCAAAGUUACAUAUUGAUGCUUUAGUCGCAAAAUGAUUUAUGUUCUGUAUUUGUACGCAGACAAGUAAUUUGGAAUUUGAAAAUGAGCCCCUUGCAAUGAUGGUAUACCAAUCUGAGAUGAAAUUAUGAUUAUUUUUGUAUUGAUUUUGAUUGUAAAUUUCCAAAAGGAAAGUUUGACCUUUCAACUCCCACACGAAAUCUCUACAUAGACUAGUGUCUUAGCUGUAGUAGUACAGGCAUGUAUGGUAGCUAUGCACUUUGUAUUGACAACAUUAGAAAUAUAUGAAGCAAGUUUUGUAUUUUUAUACAUAUUGUACGUUUUUUACUAGUUUAAUAAAAGUAGUUUGUGAAAAUGA